GGGCAGCGCCCACAGCGCCAAAAUUCAAAACUGUUUAUGGAUUGACUUUUUGUAUCUAAUUACUACUAAAUACGUCGGUUUUGUGAAUAUUUUAAAUGUUUUCUUUGAUCCGACAAGUGGAAUUGAAAGCCGAACCAAGCCUGGAAUUGAAUGAAACGCUGCAGUAAUUCAGUAAUGUGAAGGUCUGGCUUCAUUUUUCCACUUGUUUCCUCCAUCGUCAAACAGCUUUAGCAUAGCUAGCUUAGCCUAGCUGUAAAUAAAGGAAACUAUACGCUAAUCGGGACAUUGGCUAGGCGCAUGUUAUUUUUUGAAUUUAUUUUUUGUUUUAUUGAUUGCAUUGUGUUAACAUGUAAAUAUAUGUUGCACUGAAUAUCCACUAGAUAGACGUUAUUGAAAUUAAACCUAUCAUCAACUGAAAAUUAUAACGACUGGCAUGUCGCCAAGGGAACCGAAUAAAAUCUUCACUUUCGAGCGAGGGACUGUUGGGACUUUUGCAGCAAACAGACAGCAAUAAUCGGGUUUCUUUAAGUUUGAAGACGAUAUCAUAGGAUUGAAACAUCAUUUUUGACCGAUUACUUCGUAUUCUAUUAGCAGAUUUCCAUUGAACACCUAAGGCCCUUUGGAUGAUUUGAACCAUGAGACGGAGCCCAAGGAGACCCCUGAUCCUCAAAAGGCGCAAGUUACCUUUUCAACAAAAGGAACCCACCCCAGCAGACCCAUCCAGGCAGUCCGGUGGCUCCAAAGAGCCGUCAAAUUCCAGCGACAGUUCGUGCUUCCCAGACGGGGUCCGCUUUAUAGGCCACCCAUCCCUGUCAGACACUCAGGUUGUGGUCAUUCCCAAAGCUACAGACGUUCAGAGUGUAAUUAGUGUCCUCGCCGCUAAAGGCAAAGACAGCGGAGUUCAGGGUCCGAGCAAGUUUAUUCUCCUGAGUGACAAUGGCAAUCAGGAUCAAGCCGGAUCUUUCUGUGAGACUGCUACUUCUGGAGGAGAUGCUGUUUCCACACAAAUCCCAUCUCAAGAACCAGCAACAAAAGAAAGCACUCACACAUCCCUUGAUGUGACUGGCAUUAAACCCUUGAGUAAAGAUGGGAAUAGCGGCCCUUUGGAUGACAGCCUCACCAACAUCCAGUGGCUGGGCAAAAUGAACACAUGUGCUCUAGAGUCAGAGCCUGCAAAGCAAAUACAAGGCAAGGAGAACCAGGCUCCCGUGUCUCAGACUGCUCAGGCAGCCAGCGUACCUCCAGAAACGAAACCUUGCCAGCAGCCCCUGUCAGGGAGGCCGCCGUAUUCCUACAUGGCCAUGAUCCAGUUCGCCAUCAACAGCAGGAAAAACCGGAGGAUGACCCUGAAAGAGAUCUACACUUGGAUCGAGGACCAUUUUCCGUAUUACAGACAGGUGGCCAAACCCGGAUGGAAGAAUUCAAUCCGCCACAACCUUUCUCUGCACGACAUGUUUGUUCGCGAGACGGCGCCCGAUGGGAAAGUUUCCUUCUGGACCAUCCGGCCUGAGGCCAACCGAUGCCUCACUCUAGAUCAGGUAUACAAGCCUGGAUGUGAUCCAGUGACUGCUCCAGUUCCUGUUCCAAUGCUUUUAUUUCCCAACCAAUCUCAGAAGAAGACCGUCCCCGAUGGAAGAAAGAUCGCGUUGGCCUCUGAGAGGAGGAUGAAGCCCCUCCUACCUCGAACCGAGUCCUACCUGGUCCCCAUCCAGCUCCCCGUGGCCCCCCCGGUGUACCUGCCCUCCUUCACCUGCCCCCAGCAGAGAGUCGGCACCUCCCAGGCAGCCAAGAGAGUCCGCAUUUCCCCAAAGGUGACUCAAAGCGACGCUGCUCCUCCUCCUCCUCCUCCUCCUCUGGCUGUGUCUCCUCCGGUGACAGACGUGAAGGUGGAGAUGAAGGAGGAGCCGGUCUGUGUUCCUCUGAAGUGUGAGACCCCAAAAGGGCCUCAGAAGAGACGCUGCAGCAGCUCGCGGCGGAAGCAGUGCCUGGUGAACUCCUCCCACGAGGAGCCCGUCCUCCUCUGCCCCGACAGCUCCUUCCUGGACUCCGGCGUCACAUCCGAUGCUUCGAUGUUCCAGGACUCCCGGGAUGUUGAGCCGGAGGAACCCCGGCGGAAGCAGGACAGCCCCGACCGGGACUACUCCUUCAAGACCCCCAUUAAAGGAAGCAUCCAUCUGACCUCCUCCACUCCAAGCAAGCCCUCUCCCACGGUGGUGCUGGAGCCGUGGAAGGUGACCCCAGUGGGGAAAGGGAACCUGCUGGACGUCAGCCCCAUCCGGACGCCGGGCGGCCCCGCCCUCACCCCCGUACAGGACUACACCACCUACAGCUUCAGCAGCACACCCUUCAAAGACGUUCCCCUGUUCAGCUCGCCCAGAGAGCUGCUCCAUUGCGGUGCGUCCAGAGCCGAAGCUGCGGAGUCUCCCAUCGGACGCCUCCGCAGCAGCUGCUCCAGAGAGCUGCUGCAGGGCGGCGGUGGCGGUGGCGGCGGCGGUACCGCCACGCCGGCCAACCGCUCUCUUACAGAAGGCCUGAUGCUCGAUCUCCUGAACGACAGCCUGAGCAAGAUCCUGGUGGACAUCAACUUCUCCGGCCUGGAGGACGAGGAGCUCGGCACGGCCAACAUCAGCCUGUCUGACUUCAUCAACCAGCUGAAGUAGGCCCGUUUUUGAGGGGCGGGGCUUCUGAAACACUAAAGGUGAGAGACGCUGAUACAGCAGAUGCAGAUCGAAGGACCUUCCAUGACAGACGGCUCGUCUUAAAGAUCUAUAGGAUCCAUAUUUAUUUCUGCCUGAUCAUUUGUUAUCAAUCGUUACGAAAAAGGGCGGAGUUAGAAAACGCGGGCGGGUCCUUCUAGUUCCGGUCCAGAGUCUGUUACUGUUCCUGUCUGCGGCAUCUGCUCUGGCAGACUUCACUUCGAGUGAGCAGGUCGCCGCCAUGGCCCCCCCCUUCUGGCUCUGUAGCUCCAGCGUGAAAUCUCUCCCGCCUCGCCGCCAUCAUCCAUGGAAGCGCCGCAGUUGUGGGUCUCUAGGAGGCAUUGAGCAUAGAAAAAUGUUUGUUUUUAUAAAUGAUUAUUUGCACAUUUGAAUAUUUAAUGUAGUGUUAAAAAGUUGUUUUUUUUUGGCUGUUUGGGUUUUGGGAACCAGUUUAGACUAAAAAGGAAAAGUGACAAACAGCCAUAGAAACACAGAAACUGUAACUUUCAUCCGUUCUAGUUUGACAAGAAUUCUUCUGCUUCCAAACAUCUGCACUUUGUAUGAACGCAGGCAGGAGCCGUCUGCAUUUCUAUCAAUAAUUUUUAUCAACCACUGCACAAACAGCAACAGUCUGACAGUGGCAGAGUAUGAUUGGAGGAAAGUUUUCUGGUCUGAUCUUACUGGUGCUUUCAGAGAACUCAUGUUUUAUUUAACUGCAAUACUUGUCUUUGUUCCUUAUAAAAGAAAACUUUAAGUCC